GCAUUAUUGAACCAUGGCCGCCCCGCUUGCGUUGAGUUCUGCAUGGACUUCUCGAGGAGAUUCGCGCAUACUCGGUGCGCAUGCAUGUUCAGGUCCGACUCCUGGCCUCAUUUUGGUCACCACAUCAGACCAGGUUGCUCUGCUCAACACGGCCAAAUCCACUUUUCAAGGCAACGCCGCCGUUGUGCACAGCUGGGAGUAUCGUAGCGGGAGUGCCCAGGCACUGUCACUUAUCGCUGUCCAGCAUCCAACCAAGCACGAUCUGUUCUUUGGUAUUCGUGGCAAAGGCAAGACUGAAUUCGUCUCGUGGUCGUCGGCCACGGAACGCAUCAACGACGUGCCCGCCCGCACGCUUCCUUUCUCAGUCCACGCCCUGCUCGUCAACACCCAUCUCGACGGUUGCGUGGUCGUAGGUACAAAUGGCGCGGUGUCCAUCGUGACGGAUGCCUCCAUCUCUCCAUUGGUUGUGGCCACGAAGCCUGCAUCGACGACGGUCGUGUUUGUGCACCUCGCCCACGACAACACCCACCAACUCCACCUCACACUCGUGUUCAAGGCCGCCACCGGCUCGACCUACACUGCGGCAUCGUAUACUUUGUCACAGGACCAUGACGAUUCGGCUCCCGUGACCAUCGCGUCCACUGGCCCCCGUCACGACGUCACUCCGCCCUCGGCUACAUCGACGUUGGUGUCGACUAUCGUACAAGACCCCCACACGUUGUCUCUAUUUUGGUCCACUGGUGAGUGGCAGACGGUGGCGCUGCACGCGUCGCCUGCCACUGCAAUCAAGCACGUGGCGUCGUUGUCCGUUCUCCCCACAACCGCCACCACCACCACCUCUCAAGAACAAGGAAGCAACAAGAAGAAGCGAAAGGUCUCUGCCGAGUCGAACGCUGUCACAUACUUUGCCUCGUCCGUGUCUUCUAAGUCGCUAGUGGUCGGGUCGCCCUCGUCCCUUUCCGUGUGGAACAGCCAAUACGUGGUCGAAAUGGCUAAACAUUCCAUCGUGUCGUCGGCUCCUGUGCCGACAAACCUGCUGGCCCUUGUGGUGCUGCCGCAAACGUCUCACAUUGCGUACAUCUCGGAGCGCGCAGUCCAGGUGGCGGUCGUGCCCACUGCUCCCGCGACGCUGGCCUCGGUGCUGGGCAAAGGCGCAUCCUCCCAACAGCCCCCGCUCGUCCUAUCGACAUUUGUGCCGUCCAACCCGGCCGAAGUGACGGCGGUCAUGUCCUCGCUGGACCUGUCCACGUGGCAGUCGACGAUGCUCGGGGAAAACGCGGCGCAGGUCGACGUGCUGGCCACCCUCACGGCGCCCGCGUUGACGCGCGAGGAGUUCCUAAAGACGUUCUACGGGUACGUGUACUUCAAGACCAAGCGAAAGCUGCGGGUGGCGGUGCUGUCUCCGCAGUUUGUGGUGCAAGUCGCCUCGCGCAUCGUCCACUCCCCCGAGCUCGCGUUGUGGGCCGAGCUAUCGCUGCUGCUGUCCACCAAACACUUGUGCAGCCGGUCGAUUCCAUCGCUCGUUCCCACGGCGAUGGCGCUCAAGCAGUUUGGCUUGCUUGAGGACUGCUUGGUGCACCUGUCGGACGUCGACGAGGUGCUGGCCAUCCGGAUAUGCAAGUUUAUCCUUCGCGAAGCCUCCCCUUCGUCGGUGGCGGCGUUCCAGAGUCAGCACGCCAAGGGCUCGACGUCGGGCGUCACCACCGCCAGCCAAUUUGUCGAGCAUUUCCUCAGUCUUGUGGUGGCCCUGCCAAAGGCCGACGUGUUCCUGCAAACUGCCAUGCAAGCUUUCACUGUGCCCGAGGUGCUGGCGUUGCUGGCGUGCCUCAAGAAAUGGUACCGCCAGCGCGCCGCGCCCGACUCACUCCAUCACAUUGUCGAGUGGAUGGGGCUCCUCCUGGACGUGCAUUACACGGCGCUCGUGGUCGAAAGCGACUCGUCGCCGUACAUUGUGACUGUGCUCAAGGACCUGCAGGCGCUGCUGCUGUCGCACGUCGACGCGUGCCAUCACAUGGCAGACAUUCACGGCGAACUGGACCAGUUCCUCACGAGCGCGCAUUUGCCCCAGACGGCAGCGACCUUGCCCGAUUAUGCCGUCGACGUGCUGCUCCUUUAACCCUAAUUGACGUACAUUACACAUUUGAG